AUGCUUCUAAGACGUUUUUUUGGUGAAACUGAAUUCAAUAAUUAUGACGUCUUUCCCUCCAAAAUUCCAUAUAAAAACAGCGUGUUUUGUUACCCCAAGAUGCCAGGAAAGAGUGGAAAGAGAGACGUAAAGAAGACAUCAUCUGGAGACAAAAACAGAAUGUUCUUUAAGUUGACACAGGUUAAGAGAAUUAUGAAGCACACCACGUACAUGAGGGUCUCAAAGGACGCACAGGUUGCGAUGUCAUCUGCUCUAGCGUACAUUAUCCUGGAAUUGCUGGAUGGAGGGAAAAUAAUGGCCCAUGAUGAUGGAAAUAAGAAGAAGAUCAGUCCAAGACACCUGAGUAAUGCAAUCAAUGCAGACGGAGAGCUGAGUUCAUUGCUGAAGGACUACGUCAUCCAGUCAGGUGGCUGCAGAGGAUUCAGGCUACCAGAAGUCACCAGAAAGAAUUAA